CAAUGGCGAUUGUUCCCACCGCUGGCAGGAUCCAUUGUCCUUAACCACUUCAGUACUGCACUGUUCAGGCAGUUAGUCCGCCUGCGUAUGGCAAUGAUGACUGGUGACAAAAGUGAGGAGAUUUCGGAGCUUGGCCGUGAGAUUCACGCACUGUCAUCGGCGUCCAAGCCACUGUCUUCGUGGACGGCUCGUGACGCCAUCCAGGAGUGCCGUGAGGCGUGCGGUGGUCACGGCUACUUGGCUGUGAAUCGUAUCGGAGCACUGCGUGACGACAACGACCCUAACUGUACGUACGAGGGCGACAACAACGUCCUGCUGCAGCAGACCAGCAACUACCUGCUGGGAAUGUACGACGAAAUCAGAGCGGGCCGUUCUGUGUCGUCGCCGGCACAUUCCGUCGACUUCCUCAACAACAUGUCGGCAAUCGAGCGCACGCACUUUGCACCUCAGUCGGUGAACGACUGCCGGCGCGGUGAUGUGAUCGUCAAGGCGUACGAAUGGCUCGUCUGCUUCUUGCUCAAGGAGAGUCACGUCAAGAUGACCGCGCAGCUGCGCAAGGGAAAGAAUGCCUUUGAAGCCCGCAACGACAGUCAGGCGUACUACUGCCGCUCUCUGGCGUUUGCGUACAUUGAGUACGUGGCCAUUAGCUGGUUUCAUGAGCUGGCCUUCGUGGACCCCGAGACACCGGCAGAGUUUCGACCAGUGCUGCAGCUCUGCCAUCUGCUGUACGGUUACUGGUGCAUGCAUAAGCACCUGGCCAUCUUCUACCAAGGAGGUUACUUUGUGGACAAGAAUGCUGGCAAGGUGGUGAACGACAUCAUCAUUCAGCUCUGCUCCGAGAUGAAGAAAGACGCUGUGUCGCUAGCUGAUGUCUUUGCUCCACCAGAUCACAUGCUUCGCUCACCCAUCGGUCACAGUAGUGGACAGGCAUACCGGGAACUCUACCAGGCGGUUAUGACGUCGCCCGGUGCACUCACUCGGCCCGCCUGGUGGCCAGUGUUCUGCAGCGACAAGCCCCAGCAUGCCUCCAGGUCGGAGUGGAGGGACGAGCUGCAGAAGCGCGAGGACGCACGCGAGGCCGCGAGCGACGCAGCCGCUGCUGCCGCUCCGUCUAAACUCUAGACCCGAUGAUGAUGAUGAGGGAUUAGCAGAUUGGCAUAUGUUUUGUUGUUGUUUUUCGCCCGAUCAUGGCAUACCUGGUGUGCAGCUAGAUGAUAAUUUGCUUCGUCAGGAGAUGCGGAGUUUGGUGUACGGGUUUGUGGUGUGUGUUUAGGAUUGUGCAAUUUGACCUUGUUCCGACGUGUUCUAUUCCCCUACGCUUGACUCUGCCUGAGGUUCAUGUAAUUAAGGGCGUGCAGUCUUGCACUGUAUCUCUUGCUCUCUCUUUCUCUCUCUCUCUCUCUCUCUCUCUCUCUCUCUCUCUCUCUCUCUCUCUCUCCACCUCACACACUCUUAAUCUCUAUAAUGAAGCGUGGUCUCUGCCAGAGGGUAGCAUGACUGCAUGCAGCAGAAGCCACAGUACCUGUAGCAUGAGCUGAAAGUACAUGGCAGCAACGCCACAAGAAGAUAUCCAGUAUGUAGGUUUUUCCAGAUUUAGUUACUCCUUUACCAAACCUUAGUACGUACAUAUGUACAUGAUACCGCGUUCAACCUUAUCGAGGCGACUUACACGAUCGUACCAAACGUUUAUUUAUUUCAAAAUUGUCGCUUUACAAUGAUUUUUAUGAUUCUCUUAUCAUUGCUAGUACUAGUAGUGCUGGGAGGUGUAAGCCGCCAGCCGUUGGGAGGAAAUAAUGCAGAGGCUGCAUAUUGGAUCCAAUACAACAUCACCAGUUCA